AUGCCAAAAAAGCGCCCGGAAGAGCUGAUUGACUAUUAUGGUGCCACAUUUGACCAUCUCGUCCCGGCUGGGGAUAUCAACCCUGAGGUGUUACAGAUUAACAUUAUUGAGAUUGAGGAUGAUGGUGGUGUUUAUGCGAAUACAUGGCUUUCGUUUGCGGUAGAUCCGACUGAGUUUAUUGGGAAGAGGGUACUGGCAGUGCCGAGAUGUUGCCAGAAGAGAAAGGGGACUCAGGAUCGCUGGCGGGUGAAUGCAAUGGGGGACUAG